GCACCAAACUUUGGAUUCAUUAGCUACAGUGAUCAAACUCCAAAUUCUAACGCUCCUCAAAAUUUUGGUCACAGUAAAGGAGUUCUGCUUGUGGAUAAAAGUGGAACUGGAAUCUGGCUCCUGCACAGCACACCAAAGUUUCCUUAUGCAAAAGAUGAAAAUUCAUUCUGGCCAUCAAAUGGAGUAAAAAAUGCACAGACAUUUAUCUGUGUAACAUUUCCCUAUGACCAGUUUAAGAAAAUUGGUAAACAUCUGCAGUAUAUUCGAGCUUUCCCGUUUGACCAUCGUAUUCCAGGAGACUUUCACACAGAACUACAGGAUGUUGUAAACAAGGCUGAUGUUCCUCCAGAUGAUAAUUUUCAGCAACUGAGUUCAAAUAACAGGUUCAACUUUUACAGCAUCGCAAAAAACAUCCAAAGCUCUGCCGAUGGUGGAGAUCUUUAUGUCACUAUUUCACAGAGAGUCAGCAGCGAUCUGCUCGUCCAGACGUGGGGCUGCCAGGCUGGCCGGGAUACAUCCUUCUGCAGAAAGAAUAAAUUCAAAGUGGAAAAUAUCAAAAUGAUAGAAACUAGCCUCAGUCAAUGGAAGAAUACACAGGACCAUUCCAAGUGGUGUGUAGCUAAAGAUCCAGAGAAUAACUGGAUGUGUGUUGCUGAUGUAAACAGAGCCCAAAGCCAGUACACUAGGCGUGGAGGUGCACUGUGUAUUAAUGAUAAAAGAAUAAAAGACAUUUUUAAAAAUCUUGCAAAAGAAAGUGAGGACUGUCAAAACAGGAGCCUCCUGGACAUCCUGGAUGUCCUGAAUCUUCGAAAUUUCCUGAACAUCCUGAACCCCGAUUGUGAUCCAUAGCUACACACUGCCUAAAAAAAAUCUGUGUUACUCUGAAGUAUUUGGCAUGUCUAAAAAUAAUUUAUAUCUUAAAUUUAAUGAGCUUUUUUCCUUCAUGUUUUAAUCCAUGACCAUCAUCAUUAGGUAGAAGUAAAGUAAUCUCUUCUAUUCAUAUAUGUGGUUAUGUUAUGUUACAUGUACCUCAGCUGGAAAUUUAAUAUGAAAUUAAAUAAUGCAAAAAUUAUUUCAAGCAGCAAAAACCUUUUGAAAACAUCUUGCCAAUUUAAAUGUAUUAUUAUGGAAAUAAACAUAUAACAGGAACAUGGUCAUCCUCUGAUAAUGCUUUACAUGCAACAACUUUACAUGCAAUGUGGAUUUACAGUAUAACCGACAUCUGAAGCCACAUGUCUGGUUUGUAACAUCUAAGUGCAGGAUUAUCUUUAUCGUGUAAAAACUGGUGAUGUAUGUUUGCCUUGCAAAUAAACUUUAAUCAUAUUUAAAGUGAA